AUAGCGAACAAGUUCUGGCCAAGCCGGCAAAUGUGACGAAAGGAAAACCGAGUGACGUCGCGAAUUUGUGAAAAGCGAGUGAUCUUCGUGCUUGGGCCUACGAUGCAUAAAACCUGCCAUUCGAAUUAAACAAAUAACGACCAGGAAUUUCUGCAUAGCUGGGGCGUAGUUUUGGAGCACCAUAUGAAGUAAUUAGAAGCAACACUAAAAUCGUCCAUAAACGUCAAAAGACAAACAUUUUCGCGGAAGAACAACUGCAAGACAUUGCCAUUGCCAUCGACGUUUUCCAGGCAACAUGUUGCUGAUAGACACCAAGAGCAGCAGCAGCAGCAGCAGGAGCAGCGACAACAGCAACAUAGACUGACAGCAGCAACACCAACAGACAGCAGCAACAUUCGAGCAUUCAGUCGCAAAUCUGACGAUUGCGUGACGCGUUCGCAUCGCGGCAAUGAAAGAGAUACAAAAUCUGGAGAAGAAAGAGAACGAAACAGUGACAAGGAGAAAGUUUCAAGUGCGAAGUAUAAAUUGAAAACAAACAAACAACAAAUCAAAAUACGUAACAAAGUGCGUGCCAACUCUGAGAAAUAUUUGCGAAAUAAAUUAGAAUAAAUUACCGAAAAACUCCGGACACAAGGAUAUUUAAGGAAUAUAAAUUAGCAUAAUUUAGCAAGGAAUUGCCAAGACAAGCAGACAUUCGUUUCGCACUUAAUUAGUGUCUAGAAGCGUUGACAAUGUGGCAGACACUAUCAACUUUUAGCACAUCACUCAGAGAAACAGCAGCGGCAGCAGAAACACCAGCAACUUGCCACUGCAACUACAAGUUGGAAAACGCGGAAAUGCAAAGUCACAUGUUGCCAUCAGCAGACACCGCGACAACAGCAAUGCGUAGGUGUUGCUGUCGCACAAAAAUCACCCGCAGCGACAGCAGCAACAAUAGUUGCAACUACGGCAGCAACAUCCUGCAAUGGCUUUUGUUGCUGUGCCUUUUCUGUGAUUUCGGGCAGGCGGCGCUGCGAGACGUGAAUCUGCUGGUUGAGCCGCCGGCGGUGCGAAGGGGUCAAUCGGUGGCCCUACGGUGCGACUACCAACUGGACGAGGCGCCACUAUACUCCAUUAAGUUCUACCGCGGCCAGAUGGAAUUCUACCGCUACACACCCGGCGAGUAUCCGCAUACCAAGGUCUUUCAGUUCCCGGGCAUCAGAGUGGACGAAAGCGGCUCGAACGCCACCAUGGUGCUCAUCCGCAAUGUCAGCUUCGGCCUGUCCGGACAAUUCAGCUGCGAGGUUACGGCGGAUGCACCGUUCUAUUCAACGGCCACGGCCUACGCCCAGAUGCAAGUUGUGGAAUUUCCGGAGAAGCGUCCUCAACUUUUUACUGAGCAUACGCGAUAUGACCCCGGCGAUGUUCUGCGGGCCAACUGCAGCACUCUGGCAUCUCGACCCCGAGCUGACCUUCGGUUUACCAUUAACAAUAUACCCGUCAACACGGAGGAAACACAGUACAUUCAAACGGUUGAGAACCUGAUUGCAUCCCGGCUCAGUUUGAAGCUGCAGCUGCAGGCGAUUCACUUUGUGGCCGGCCUCAGUGGCCAUGGAAAUGGAAAUGGUAAUGGUAAUGGCAAUGGAAAUGGCAACGGCAAUGGGCUUACGAACGCAUUGCACCUGGGUGGCGGAGGCGGGGGACUCGUCCUGCGAUGUACAGCGCAAAUUGGCGAUCUCUAUCAGGAAUAUAAGGAAAUCGAGCUGGGCACACCGCAAAAGGAUCCGGUGCCGGCAAGAGUGACGCUGUCGUCGGGAACCGGAAUCCGUGGCUUCUUGGAGACCUAUUUCGCCACUUCUUCGGCCCACAGUACUUGGCGGGGGGCGGCUGGGGGCGUGGCGAUUUGGCUGGCAAGCAUGUUAACCCUGCUAAUUACUGGUAGCUAAAUCGAGGGGCUAGUCAGCUGGAAUACAUGGACGGAGGGAUGGCGAGUGUGUAUGGCUUAUCGAACAGCGAUGGAAAUUAGGAAGCCCUCGGCCGUAAACUGCAUUAUUUAUCUAUCUCGAAUGCAAUUUAAAUUAUACACACACACACACACGAGUUGUCCAUGUGAUUCCCGUUAAGCUCACACAUGCACACUUAAACCCUAUGUAAUUGUAAAUAUUUGCUUUAAUGAUGUGAACGGAUACACGUAAAUGAACUCGCACUCACACCCACGCGCUCACAUACACACAAAAACGCGACUAAUUGUUAAUUAAUGGAUUAUUUAAUGAUGCAUAAAAUAUUGGAUAAAAUAUUAAUGUUUCAUUUGCAUUUAGCUUCAACCCAAGCGAAUAUCACCUUAAUGUUUAAGUGAAGUAAAAAAUGUAAAUCGUUGAAACGAUACAAAAAAAAACACACACACAAAAAAAUGUAAACAACUGAAAUGCCAAUGUCAAGACAAAACCAAAAAAGAACAUUCAAACCAAAAUAAACAAGCAGUAAUAAUCAA